CGCGGCCAACUUAGCGAAAGCCGGUUCCGGUUUGGUCAUUUUUCUAAUGACCGGCUGCGUACAUAGACGCGUAAUUAUAGAAGAUUCAAAUCGGAAGGCAUCGAGCGCUAUUGGCGAUUUUUGUUAUUGUUAUAGCAAAUAUUUGGGUUGGUUUUGUUGCCUUCAAGGCCUUGUUCUUUGCUUCGAAGCAGACAGCCAGUUUGCUUCGACCAAGUGCCUUCGCAAGCCGCAGCUUGUCCAGCGGAGCACCCCUGCAGGCCCUCUCGGUCAGCGGAGCGCCCCUGAGUCGGCCCUCUCGGCCAGCGGAGCACCCUCUCCGGCCCUCACGGCCAGCGGAGCACCCCUGCACCGGCCCUCUCGGCCAGCGGAGCACCUCUCCGGCCCUCACGGCCAGCGGAGCACCCCUGCACCGGCUCUCUCGGCCAGCGGAGCACCUCUCCGGCCCUCACGGCCAGCGGAGCACCUCUCCGGCCCUCACGGCCAGCGGAGCACCCCUGCACCGGCUCUCUCGGCCAGCGGAGCACCUCUCCGGCCCUCACGGCCAGCGGAGCACCUCUCCGGCCCUCACGGCCAGCGGAGCACCCCUGCACCGGCCCUCUCGGCCAGCGGAGCGCCUCUACAGGCCACUGCCUGGCCAGCGAAGCGCCUUUAG